GACACAAUCACACUCUCGUCUGUGUUCGUUUACCACAUUGUGCCAUAAUACAACACACAGUUCAUGUUACAACGGCUUUAGAACGUUUAAAUCAUGUCGACUUUGAGCCAUCACCCGUACGCCUUUUCUAUGCAUCCCGGGAUGUUGCCGGACUAUCCAAGCGGGCCGCAGCAGAUUCCUGCUACAUCUCCACAGUCCGAGGGCCACAUCAAGAGACCCAUGAACGCGUUUAUGGUGUGGUCGCGCUUGCAGAGGCGACAGAUAGCCAAGGAUAACCCGAAAAUGCACAAUUCGGAGAUAUCUAAGAGGCUCGGAGCGGAGUGGAAGCUGCUUUCCGAGAUGCAGAAGCGACCGUUCAUUGAUGAAGCGAAGAGGCUGAGAGCUCUGCACAUGAAGGAGCAUCCGGACUACAAGUAUAGGCCGCGCAGGAAGCCCAAGCCCCCGACGCAAGGAGGAGCUCCUGGGGCCGGUGCGUUCCCGAGUUUCCCGCUGCCGUAUUUCGCCGGUCCCGCUCCCAGCGUGGGCCCACUGGAUGGGUUACCGUAUCCUGCCGUACCGCCGUACUUCCCACAUCAGCUGGAUCACUUGCAGUUCUCCAAGCUGAUGGCACCGACGGCUGAAAAGCUGCCGACGGUCUCAUCGUCUGCUGCGGCGGUAGUGUCGUCAUUCUACUCUUCGUUGUACACUUCACCGGCGGCUCCUCCAAAGCCAUUUUCCUCGCCGCUGUUCCACCAGUACGGUAUGGCACCCUCGUCGCCUGUAUCUCCGGCGACACCCACACAGCACAGUCCCCACGACGACCAGCUCAGGCGGCCGGUGUCUGUCAUAUAUUGAAGACCAACCUGCCUACCUUGAAGGAAGCCUUCAGGGUUCGGCAACCAAGAAGACCCAGUUUUAAGUGUUAGAGACAGUGCAAAAGACAUUAUGACAUUAUUUAUUGAUUUUUUUGAGUUAUAGUUGAAUUAUUGAGUAUGAAGUGCACGUCGGGCAGUGGUCUGUACGCACGUGAGCACACUAAGCCCGUCGGGCAUCGCAUCCCUUCAAUUCAUUCUGUGAUUUAUUUUUUGUUUUUGAUGCAUCUCUAUAUAAAAUAAGAUAAUAUAACGCCGGCUCAUUAGUUAGGUAUGUGAAGUGAGAUUGGUACCAAAAAUAUAUUAUUUCCCGUAGGAAUCUGCGUGUAGAUGACUAGGUUAGUCCCGCUGUGACUGAUUUAUUCAUUUUGUUUCAUUUAUCUUGUCUGUUGAUUUUGAUUGUUUGCCGCUCGCUUGAGGUCUAUCUGUCCCUCAUAGCGUUCUUAACUUUAAAUGAGAUUUUGUAAAUUAUUUGUUGUAUACAUUAUGCGGAAGUAAAUGUAAAAUAUUUGUCUUAGUAAUUAAUUUAGUGCAUCAGAAUUGUAAAUAUUAGUGUUUAAACGAAUAUCGAUGUCAGUACCAACGAUGUAUUAUAGUGAAGAAGAAACUUUGUUAAUGCCAUGAAAAUAAAAA